AUGUUCUCGAGACACGCCCUCAUCCGAUCCGUCCGCGCCGCGACCGCCCAGCGGGUGGUGCCGAUGCAGCUCAGGACUUACGCCGCGGCUGCCGCGACCGAGAACGUCAGGGCCCCCGUUGCCGUUUUUGGACUUGACGGAACCUAUGCCACUGCCCUUUACACCGCCGCCGUCAAGACCUCCACCCUCGACCCCACCGCCCAGGCCCUCGACACCCUCGGCCAGAUCGUCGCCCGCGACGUCAAGCUCCAGAACAUCCUGGCCGCGCCGACCCUCAAGCCCGAGGACAAGAGCGCCAUCGUCGCCGAGCUCGCGAAGCAGGCCGGCGCCGGCAACGAGACCGUCAAGAACUUCCUCGAGACCCUCGCGGAGAAUAACCGCCUCGGACUGCUCGGCGGCGUUUGCGAAAAGUUUGGAACUUUGAUGUCGGCGGCGCGUGGUGAGGUUGAGAUGCGUGUUACCAGUGCUCAGCAAUUGGAUAACAAGACCCUCAACCGCCUCGAGACCGCUGUUGCCAAGUCUGCGUACGUCGGUGCUGGCAAGAAGCUCAAGGUUACCAACGAGGUUAACCCUGACAUCCUCGGUGGACUCAUCGUCGAGAUCGGCGACCGAACAAUCGACCGCAGCGUCUCGGCCCGCCUCGCCAAGCUCAACAAGCUCCUCACUGACUCCCUGUAA